AUGAACUAUUUCAGAUGGUACACAGCUAGUAUUGCUUCAUCUGUAAAUAGCAUUCUUGGAGAAUGUGGGACUGGGUUAGUUGCCAAAAGUAGACGGCAUUUUCAGUCCAUCUGUCGAGAGUUUCCACGAAUUCGCCCGUCCACAGCAUAUUCCCUUCUUCCGUCAUAUAGAAGUUUGACACUCUGGAAUGGGAAUCAGGGUAAUUGUCCUUUUGCAUCGGGUUCGCUUGCCGCUGCCACCAACGUAGUGAAACGAGGAGUUAAACAAAUUAUCAAAAAAAAUAAUUUUCAUGGCAUGUAUUUUUUUGUGAAAAGUAUGAAGUUACCCUUGUUCAAGGAUUUACAACCAUGUGUUGUGUAUUCUAUAUGUUUAAAACAUUUUCUUGUAGUGAUAUAA